CGCGGAUAUAGAUCGCACUUCAGACCGCGUUGGGCACAAUACAUCAGAGCCCACGCACUCCCUGACAGCGAAAGCGCGCAGAUCGAAUGAUAUUGCUUCACCCACAAGCGCGAAGCCUUAAAUUUGCGGUAAAAAUCGCCGUUAAACAAACUGCUGAUGCCUUCAUACGACGCGAAGGAGUCGACCAGAGCUGUUUUUGAAAUGGAUUUUGUCAAGUCAACAAAUGUGUCGUACCAGGCUCAUCAUGUUUCCAGGGACAAGCGCGGUCAAGUACUGGGUACGAAGGCUGGAUUCCGUGGUUGUACCGUCUGGCUGACCGGUUUAUCUGGUGCCGGAAAGACCUCGAUCUCCAUGGGUCUUGAAGACUACCUGUGCCGUCGCGGCAUACCGACGUAUACACUGGAUGGAGAUAACAUGAGGACGGGACUGAACAAGAAUCUCGGAUUCUCGCCCGAGGAUCGAGAUGAAAAUAUCCGGAGAGUGGGAGAGGUUGCUAAGCUGUUCGCCGAUUCCGGGAUGGUCUGCCUGACCGCGUUUAUUAGUCCUUACAAGCGACUUCGAAAUCGUGCUCGCCAAAUUCACGAAGAGUCCAACCUCCCGUUUUUCGAGCUUUUCGUCGACACCCCACUGACAAUUUGCGAGGAACGUGACGUCAAGGGAUUGUAUAAGAAAGCGCGCGCCGGUCAGAUCAAAGGUUUUACUGGCAUCGAUGCACCAUUCGAAGCUCCAGAAAAUCCCGAUCUUGUUUUGAAAGCCGGCGAAACUUCGGUGAAUGAAUGCGUGCAAAAAAUCGUCGAUUUGCUGACUGAGAAGGAAAUAUUACCAAGCACUAUUGUCAAAGAAGUACAAGAGCUCUUCGUUGCUCAAAACGAAGUUGAAAUGAAAAUGAAAGAGGCGAGAAAGCUGCCUGAAGUUAAACUGACAAAGCUCGAUCGUCAGUGGAUUCAGGUGCUGUCAGAAGGCUGGGCCACACCGCUCAAGGGUUUCAUGAGGGAGGACGAGUACCUGCAAUGUCUUCAUUUUGGAGUGUUACUGAAGGGAGAUGAGGUAUCCAACCAGACUGUACCAAUCGUAUUACCUGUGACCACCGAGGAUAAGGAGAGACUUGAAGGAUCGCCUGCUCUGAGUCUCACAUACAAUGGCGAAUCCAUUGCAAUCCUACGCGAUCCAGAGUUCUACAAACAUCGCAAAGAUGAGAGAGCCUGCCGACAAUGGGGUGUCUUUACCAAGAAACAUCCGUACAUCAAGAUGUGCUACGAGGCCGGGGAUUGGUUAGUCGGCGGUGAGCUCGAAGUGUUUGAGCGAAUCACAUGGAAGGAUGGUUUAGACGUUUACAGGAAAACACCAAAUGAACUUAGGCGCGAAUACAGAGAGAGAAAUGCUGACGCGGUGUUUGCUUUCCAGUUGAGAAAUCCAAUUCACAAUGGACACGCAUUAUUAAUGAAAGAUACCCACAAGAAGCUGAUUGACCGAGGUUAUAAGAAUCCAGUUUUACUUCUUCAUCCUCUUGGAGGCUGGACCAAGCAGGAUGACGUUCCACUUCCGGUUAGGAUAAAACAACAUCACGCGGUCUUGAAUGACGGAGUGCUGGACCCUAAAAACACCGUGCUCGCCAUAUUCCCCUCGCCUAUGAUGUACGCAGGACCCACUGAGGUACAAUGGCACGCCAAAGCUCGUGAAGCAGCUGGCGUAGGUUUCUACAUCGUGGGUCGUGAUCCGGCCGGCAUGCCCCACCCGGAGAAAAGUCCUAAAGAAGAUCUUUACGAACCUACCCACGGUGCAAAGGUUCUAGCGAUGGCACCAGGUUUGACUAAAUUGGAAAUCGUCCCGUUCCGUGUCGCGGCGUACAACACGAAGAGAAAGUGCAUGGCUUUCUUUGAGCCCGCGAACAAGGAGGAUUACGAUUUCAUCUCCGGCACGCGCAUGCGUGAACUCGCCAAACGGGGAGAAACCCCACCCGAAGGCUUUAUGGCGCCAAAAGCUUGGAAGGUCCUCUCUGACUUUUAUAAGUCACAAGGGAGAGGCGAUGCAUGAGGCCCCAUCAAAGGAAGGAAUCAAUCCAAUCAAUCAAUUCAAUUAUUUCUGGUGGGGAAGACAUGAUAAUGCACAUUGUCCUUUCCUUACUUUUUAAAUUAUUGUCUUUUAAUGUAGAAUUCAAUUGAAUCGAAAUACAUAUUUUGAGAAAGAAAUGCUAAUGCACUCUUACCUACCCUCCCUCCGCGGUGGCCGGGGAAAGCGUGAGGUGAUUUUGAGGUAUUGAAAUAAGUCUUCCUGAAAUCAAACUUCAAACAAACCAACACAUUCUACAGUCGAGUUGACACAGUGAACUCUAGAGUGACAACACCACUGCCAGAAUCGUGUUAUUUACUAAUUUCAAUAUCUCAAAGUCGUUUCGCGCGCUGGUUUUUAAGGCCCGUUUCAGACGUCGAACUUUUCAUCAUUUCAUCCGCCGAAU